AUGUCGCUUAACAUUUGUGUCACCACCACCAUCACUCGCAGUACAUCGGAGCUGGGACCACUUCUCAACAGUGAUGGAGAUGAACUCCCACCUCCGACCAACCUCAGUGAUGAAGCAUUGGCCGAAUCAUGGAGGAGUGCACAUUGGGAAGAUGAUGAAGAUAGGACAGGAAAUGCUGACGAUGAACAACUCGGCUACCCCCACCACGAUGGUGCUACAUACAACUAUGUUGACCCACCUGAGGAUGAAUCUCAACCCUCGCCAGCCAACAUCAUCAAGGAACAGACAAGGUAUGCUCAAACAGUCACGUCCUCAAGCAACCCAGCAAAAGGACAAGUGUCACUCAUCGCCCCAGAUGUGGCAUCACCCUAUGAUGUCUUCAUCGUGAUGCCGCUAACAUUCCUGAUGGAAUGCGAUGGCCAUCAUCUUUAUGUCCAUCGUAUGGGCAUGGGCGACUUCACCACCUUCCAUGCCUUCGUCCUCACUUGGGACAACCUGAAGGUGGCAUGGCACCUCUACUCAGAAGUCUCACCUCACCGUGUCUUCAGUCACAUUCAUUUCACGGGCAAGGAAGAAGGUGUCGAACAAUACGAGGUCGAACUAUUCAGGAUGUUCUUCGAUCAAGUCACCUACGGAGACGUCAAGACACCUCAUGAGUUCACGUCAGUCAUCUUCCAACCCCUCAUCACCAUGAUCGAGCAUCCUGGAUGGCUCACCGAUGGGGUGAAAAAACUGGAGGCAGUUCACUAUCAAGACAGAUCCAUCUCGCACUGGGCACCUACUGAUUUCCAUCCUCAUCACUAG